AUGACGAUCCUCUACGGCCUCCCCGACGACAUCUCUACUACUAGUAAGCCAAGCGCGGAAUGGAUUGAGUUCAUCAAGACGGCGAAGCCAGAAGCGGCAGGCGGCGGCGGCGGUAUUGUCGAGGCGCGUAUGGAGAGAAAUAGACAGCUGGAGCUCUAUCUUGCCUCGAAUCCAGAGUAUAUGGCUGAAACAACCGUCCAAGUAACCGACACAACCUACCCCAGCGCCACCGGCGCCCCCCUCCCCGCGCGCAUCUACACCCCCGCCCCCACCCCCACCUCCGCCUCCACUGCCCCCACCGCCACCGCCACCCCGCUCCCCGCCAUGCUCUGGUUCCACGGCGGCGGCUUCGCCAUCGGCAGCCAACUCGCCGACGACGAAGCCCUCCGCCACAUCAGCCACCACUCGCACAUCACCAUCAUCUCCGCCAGCUACCGGCUCGCACCCGAGCACCCAUUCCCGGCCGGCCCCGACGACGCCUGGGCCGCCGCGCGCUGGGCUACUACCACAAUCCCACAUAGCGCCUUCUACGUCGGCGGCGUCUCCUCCGGCGGCAACCUCGCCUGCGUUGUCUCCCGGCGCGCCCGCGACACCCCGGAGGCCGGAGUCAAAGUGGCGGGGCAGCUGCUAGUGUACCCAUGGUUGUGCUCGACGCGGGACCACGGAGGCUUCGUGGCAACGCUGUCAAAGUUUGAGGCGUACAGCGAUAAUGUGAAUGACCCGGUGCUGGCGAAGGGGAAGCUGGGCGUGCUGGAGCAGGUGUAUGGCAGCCCGGACCCGAGGGAUGUGGACUUCUCGCCGCUGUUUGAUCCGAAGGAGCUGAAGGGGUUGCCGAGGGCGGUGGUGUUUGUGGCGGGCGCGGACCUGCUGAGGGAUGAUGGCGUGGCGUAUUGGAAGGGGCUGAGGAGGGAGGAUCCAAAGAGUCCUGAGCUGAGAAUAUGGCCUGGGCUGCCUCAUGCGUUUAAUAGACACAAGGAGCUGAAGACCUCGGGCGAGUACAAAGGUCACUUGAACGAGGGCAUGGAAGAGCUACUGGAUCUCAACAGCCAGACUACUACAACUACUACCGCCUAG